AGAGAGAGAGAGAGAGAGAGAGAGAGAGACAGACUCUGCCUUGCUCUUUGGCGCCUCUCCUCCUCCUCCUUCUCCUCCUCCUCCUGGCCCGGCUUGUGGGACCCACAGGACCCGAAGUGCCUUCCUCUCAGCCCCAGACCCGCCAUGGCCGAAGAGCAGCCCCAGGUCGAGCUCUUUGUGAAGGCUGGCAGUGAUGGAGCCAAAAUUGGGAACUGUCCCUUUUCCCAGAGGCUCUUCAUGGUCCUUUGGCUCAAGGGAGUGACCUUCAAUGUAACCACAGUUGAUACCAAAAGGAGGACAGAGACAGUACAAAAGCUCUGCCCUGGAGGACAGCUACCAUUCCUGAUGUAUGGGACAGAGGUCCAUACAGACACUAACAAGAUUGAAGAAUUUCUGGAAGAAGUUCUGUGCCCUCCUAAGUACCCCAAGUUGGCUGCCCGUAAUCCAGAGUCCAACACAGCUGGACUUGAUGUCUUUGCCAGGUUCUCUGCUUUCAUCAAGAACUCAAACCCAGCACUCAAUGCUAACCUCGAGAAAGGUUUGCUGAAAGCAUUGAAGGUUAUGGAUAUAUAUUUGGUGACACCACUCCCAGAAGAGGUGGAUGAGAACAGUGCUGAGGAUGAGGGCCAGUCCAACCGCAAAUUCCUUGAUGGGGACGAACUCACUUUGGCCGACUGCAAUCUGCUGCCAAAGCUGCACAUUGUCAAGGUGGUUUGCAAGAAAUACCGUAACUUUACCAUCCCUGAGGAGUUCCGCGGCAUCCACCGCUAUCUGAAAAAUGCUUACGCUCGUGAGGAAUUUGCCAGCACCUGUCCAGAUGAUGAAGAAAUUGAAUUAGCUUACGAGCUGGUUGCCAAAGCCUUGAAAUAACAAACUUCUGGGCAUGGAAAAGGGACGUGGCACUUCCGUGGCAGGGAUUGUUGGGGUUGGGGGCAUCAAGGGAUAUUUUUUAUGUAUGUACAUGUAUUUCACAGCAGCGGGAGGGGGGAAUCUGUUUCUGUGUGGGACAAAAUGAUUUGAAUUUAAAUAUAAAUAAAAAUUGAAAUAACUUGUUUUUAAAAAUACCAAA